AGACUGCAGCAGCGGCCCAGUCGUGCCGGUACCUCCGAUCACGCUAUAUAUACUCUCUCAGACGAUAUAAUAUUAUUAAUAUUAUUAUUAUUAUUAUUAUUGUUAUCACACGGAAAUCGUUAAUAAGGUGCCAAUAUCGUGCCUAUCGUUGAAUAACAAUAAUAAUUAAUAACGAAUUUUACGCGCACCCGAAAUCAGUUCGCGUGGCCGGUUGAGUUUUAGCGCGCUCGUCACACCGCCGACCGGAAUAUAACAGCUAAGCGAUCCAAAUAUUCCAUAAUAUUACAUUAUAAUUACAACCGUCAUAUAGAUCGCGUAAUCUAUAUACACGCGACAGUGACCUUACCACCGACGUCGGAAACGCGAAGUGAAAAUCGUGGUAUAUCAUAAUAAUAUAAUACUAUUUUUGCCAUCGUGCCCACGACGCGAUCGCCGCGACCGAUGUGAACUGUACUGGCUAUGACUUUGGUCGUCGGCCACUGGUUCAGUGGUGGUGGCGGCGGUCUUGAUGCACCGGGCAGGGUGCGCGUCCGCGUUUUUGCGAAUCAGCGACGGUGUCGGCGGCCCGUUGCUGUUUCUGCUGCUACUGCAGUUGUCUUCGCUCCAGUUGUCGGUUGGGACGACGACGACGGCGACCGCGUCGGGCACGACCGAUCGUUGGCGACCGCAAAGAUUUGGCGGCGGCGGUGUCAUCGACGACCGCGACGAACGGUUGCAGGACAACGAGAUCGUCGAAGACCAUCGCGUGAAACCGUCAGCUCCUCUCACACCCGUCGAACCCUUAUUCGACUAUGUGGCUUCCCUGUACAUGGAGAAGAUGGUCCGCCGCUGGGCACCUCUAAUAUGGUUGGCACCGGACGAACAAUUCCUGCCGGGUUCCGUGACCGAUUUCUUGAAUCACGUGACGCCUAAGCCACGUAGCCUGUCCAGCGACGUGCAGCAACACUCUAAAGUGCCAAUGGGCCCGGAUUCACAGUCGUGGUUUUUAGUCACCAAGUCCGAAGUCGAACAACUGCUGGAAAACACUACUUCCGUACUAUACGGGCAGAACCCGAACACGACCACCGUGCCCGUCUACGCUCACGUCACGCAAUGCGGUCAUAAACAUUUCCACGUGUCGUAUUGGCUGUUUUUCCCGUUCAGCCAGGGCAAGCCGAUAUGCACACUGGACAUGGGCUUGCUCGGCCCGCUCCCGUUGCCAGUCUUCAACAACAGGUGUUUCGGCACCCUCAAAGAGUUCGGCAGCCAUGUCGGAGACUGGGAACACAUGAGUCUCAUGUUUAAUGGCUACGACGAACCGGAAGAAAUGUAUGUGUCCGUGCACGAUGCUGGCGCGUUUUACCGGUUCGAUCGAAAUCGGCGGAAGUUCGUUUUCAACCGACAAGAGGUGCGUAAAGGUUUUUUGCAAAAACCUAAGUUUCCCGAAGUGGUGCACCUGACAGACGAGGGAAAUCAUCCGGUGCUGUUCGCGGCUAAGGGAUCUCACGGCCUAUGGACCGCUCCAGGAAAACACAAAUACGUGCGUAUACCGCGAUUGUACGACGACAGUGGCUACGGAUUCCCGUGGAAAACUUGGCUAAAAGUUGACGUGUUGAACUCGUCGAAAAAACUUCCCAUUUGGAUGCAGUAUUACGGCAAAUGGGGAAAUCAGCGCAGUAAAUGUCAUCCACUCUCCAAAAUGGGCUUGCAGAUCUGUCAGUUUACCGACGGCCCGACGGGUAUACCAAUGAAGCAGCAUGAUUUCCGCUGUCAAAACGCGACCAACUAACCAUGGUUUAUGUUGGUAUCCUACUGCGGGCUGGAAGAGGAAAUCGCCGGUCGGCUGCGAUGAAUAUCAACCAUGACCUAGACGACUUUCGAGCGACAGAACGUGUUUUAGGUCAAUGUGUAUCACCGCCGCAUUGUACCUAUUGUUAUUGUUUUUUUUUUUUCCAUUAUUAUUAUUACUAUUAUUUAACUACACUAUAAACGUGAUGGGUCUCAGUAGUUAUAAGAACCUAAAAAAAAAAAAUCGAUAUUGCAGUGUUGCGUAUUAAUGUAUUAUGCAUUUAACGUAUAGGUAUAUUGAGUGAAAGUAGGACUGCCUGAUUCUCGGAUUUCCUAAGACAAUUUGAUUUCUUUUUACACAUAAAUUAACUAUUUGUGUAUUAUUUUAUGGCGUGUGAAUGAUCGAUGUCUGUGUUAUGUAAAUAAAAAUAAUGAACAUUUAUGACUA